AUGGAGUCUGAGCUCGCUCCCAAGUUUGCCCCCUUCAUUGGGAUGGCUGGCAUCGCAGCCGCCAUGGUCUUCGGAUCUAUCGGCGCCGCGUACGGCACAGCAAAGUCCGGCAUUGGCAUUGCCGGCGUGGGAACAUUUCGCCCCGAUCUCAUAAUGAAGUGUCUGAUCCCCGUCGUCAUGUCCGGCAUCAUCGCCGUCUACUCGCUCGUCAUAUCGGUCCUCAUCGCCCAGGACCUCGCGCCUCCGUCUGCAAACGAACGAUAUGCCCUGUUCUCGGGCUUUAUGCAUUUCGCUUGCGGCCUGGCAGUCGGCAUGACUGGCCUGGCUGCGGGCUAUUGUAUCGGAAUUGUGGGCGACAAAGGCGUCCGCGCCUACAUGGAGCAGUCGAGAAUCUUUGUUGGCAUGGUUCUUAUUCUGAUUUUCGGAGAGGUCCUCGGUCUUUACGGCCUCAUUGUCGCCCUUUUGCUUAACUCACGAAGCAAGGGCUGA